GCUGCCUGGUGUCCAGUGGGAUUGUAGCUGGGAAGUCUGACAGCUGCUUCCCUGUGCAGUUCACAGCCAGAUACUGGCAAGUGCAUUCCUUUGGACAGUCUACACUUUCUGCUGUCCAGCUGAUUCCAAGGAGAAGCACCACCCACACACACCUGGAGCUGUUUGAAGGAAUCAGGAUAUGGCACCUCAAGCAGCACACUUUUCUCUUUGUACCCUGAUGGUCUUCAAGCAAUUCUGGCAGGGAAGCCAUUUCUUCUCUGCACCAAUCCUGAGGGGAGCUAAGGCUCUCUGCUUUCUGUGAACUCUUUGUUCAUCAAGAUCUCUGGCAAACUGCCAAUUUAAGCACCUGGCACAGAGAGCUCAUUUUCUUCAAUGUGCAAAAUAGCCACUUGCCGAUGGGAGAUUCUCUGCAUUGUGUUGACUGCCAGUUGACACCUUUAUGUCAUCCUUGGUGCUAUGGAUCAGGAGUAUGAUACUGAAAUGCCCUUCAAAGCUGGUGCCCCUCUCUCCAAAGACAAGGGUUUCACAGCACUGACUGAAAAAUUCAGCAUGACCACCAACCUGGACCGUGGUGCUGAUGAGCUAACACAAACACUUAAUCACUAUGUAGGCGACAUUGUGGAGGAAGUCUUGGUGUUUGGAGGUGAUGUCUUGAAAUUUGCAGGGGAUGCAUUGCUGGCACUCUGGAAAGUGGAGCGUUGCCAUAUCAAUGAUAUCAUCACUCUGGCACUGAAAUGUAGUUUCAGCAUCCAGCAAGAGUAUGGUGUUCGCGAUACUGAGGUGGGACUGGAGCUACGAGUGAAGAUAGGACUAUCUGCAGGUCACAUCUCAAAAGUUGUUGUUGGAGACAGCAGGCACCAGUACUUCCUGGUAAUUGGUCGGGCGGUGGAUGAAGUACGGUUGGCCCAAAACUUGGCCAAAGCAAGUGAAAUUAUCCUGUCACCAAACUGCUGGGAGCUCUGUGACCGGAACUUAAUCGAGGUAGAAAAAAUCCAAGAUGAACGAGCUGUCAAGGUUAGAUACAUUAGGAAUGUCCCAGGCUUUGACACUGAGGAGUUCUUUGAGAGAUGCACACAGUACCUGUACCAAAAUCGUAUCUGUGACACUUUUGAGAUUUUGAGAAAUGCCUCUGUAUUGCCUCCAGAUGACAAACUUGAGAAGUGCUUAAGAAAAUACGUGAUGAGGAACGUCCUGAGGAAGAUUGAUGACAACCAGCCACUGGAAUAUUUAUCAGAGCUUCGACCUGUUACUAUCGUCUUUGUGAAUUUGCAGUUUGAUGAAAGUGCCAACACUCACCAUCUCUGUAAGGCUAUCCAGGAUGCCAACACUCAUAUCACAGGAAUCAUACACCCCCUCAGUGGCAAGAUUAACAAGGUCUUUAUGUUUGACAAAGGUUGCACUUUACUUUGCAUCUUUGGUCUACCUGGUGAUAAACAAUCUGAUGAAAGUACAAAUGCUCUUGACAGUGCCAAUAAAAUCCACUCCUUCUGUUCUACAUCACUCAUGAAAGUAAGGAUUGUCUCCAUUGGAGUAACCAGUGGGCCAGUUUUCUGUGGAGUAGUUGGCCAUCGUGUGAGACAUGAAUACACAGUCAUCGGUCGGAAAGUAAACCUUGCUGCCCGGAUGAUGAUGUAUUAUCCAGGGUUAGUGACCUGUGAUGCAGUCACCUGUGUCAAGUCCAAACUGCCAUCCUAUUUCUUUGAAGAGCUCCCAUUAAUUGAGAUGAAAGGUGUUCUGAACCCCGGGACAGUCUAUAAAUUCCUUGGUGUCACUGAAAAAACAAUGAUUUACAAAGCAUAUUUGAGCAGGGAGAGAUCUGAAUAUUACCCUUUACUAGGUCGCAAGAAAGAGACAGACCUCUUCGAGAGCUUACUGAACAAUUUUAAAGAUGCAAAAAAAAGCCAUGUUAUAAUUUAUGAAGGUCUCAUGGGAUAUGGAAAAAGCCAGCUAAUGGCUGAGAUUUCAUUCUUAGGUCAUGAUGCUGGCCACAGGGUUGUGGCGAUGGAGCUCACGAAGAUAAAUGUGUGGCAAAACUUCUUUGUCAUCCGGACGCUCAUGGCUAUGUUCCUGGGGAUUGAUAUUUGUAGAACGUAUGAUGCAAGACAGUAUAUCCUUGUGACCAAAAUCCGUGGAGUAAUUAAGGAGGAGUAUUUCUGCCUUCUCAACAGUCUCUUUCAUGUUAAGUUUCCGACAUCAGAAGAGGUUUCCAAAAUGAACAAUGACAAAAAGAAUGAAGAGAUGGAAAAAAUUCUUGUAAAGAUUCUAGAAAAUGCAGUGGCGAAGGAAGUUCUCAUUUUUGUAAUUGAUGAAGCUCAGUUCAUUGAUCCGGCAUCCUGGGAUUUCCUGGAGAAUUUGCUAAACAAUCUUGGCCUCUUUGUUGUCAUGUCUUUGUCUCCUGUUAACCGCAAGGGACGACUGCCUUGCUCCACUGCAGCCCGAGUCAUGAGCAGUCAGGCUACCACCUAUAUUCAGCUAAGGGAGUUGACGCCUUCAGUAAUUAUUCAGAAGGCCUGCCAAGACCUUGGGGUGGUCAGUAUCGCCAGGGAGCUGGAGACAUUCUUAAUACAAAGAAGCCAUGGAAAUCCAUUUUACUGUGAGGAGCUUCUCCGGAAUCUCCACUUAAACAAUGUACUUCAGUUCCACUUCCUAGAGGAAGAUGAAGAAAGAGAGGAUGAGUGGGAUAGCCUUUUUACCACUACUGCUCUGAAGGCUCAAAGCUCUCAAACCCUCCAGAGCGAGGCUGAAUCCUACAUUUGCACUAUCAAACAGAAUGUGAAGCUGCACAAUAUCAUGCUGCCUCCAACAUUAAAAGGGAUUGCUCUGGCUGAGUUAGACAACAUGAACCCUUCAGAGCAAAUGGUGGUGAAAUGUGCAGCUGUCAUUGGUGUGACUUUCACCACAGAGUUGCUGCUAUAUAUCCUGCCUGAAUGGACCAAGAUGAAGAUGAACCAGACACUGGCAGCCCUGGUGGAAUCUCAUAUCUUUAAGUGUUUUAGUGAAAGAAAAGAAUUGGAUGCUAGCCAAAUUCAGGAUCAAUUUUCCAGAGAACUCUGCAUUGCUUCCAAGGUUGUGAAAUCAAUAGGACAAGGGUCCGAUCUUGGGUUGGUUGUUGCUAACCGGCUCAAGCAAGAAGAGACAGUUAUGCAGUGCAAAGUCAUGGGGUUUUGCACACCCCUGCUGCAAGAAGCCGCCUAUGAGCUUUGGCUUAAGAGCCAGAAAAGAGCCUUGCAUCUCAAAUGUGCCAGUUACCUUGAGUGGCAGGCUCACCGAUGCAAGUGCUGUGGGGGAGGAGACUUCAUUGCCUUCCACCGUUAUGCCGUGGAGAGCAUGCUGCACAACACAGAUUCACAGAAUAUUAGAACUGAGAAUAUCAAGGAGGAAGCACUGAAUGAGGCUGCCUUGAUCCUUGUUUCUGAAACCCUGAAAAAACUGGAACCAACUGAUCAGGAAGCAUGUUCAUCUCUUUCCUUCAACAUUAAACAAUCUGCUCUGGGACAGCUACUGGGAUCAAGUGAUGAUACAAUUCCUUCUGGUAACUGGAAGGAAAAUAAAAUGUCAAGACGCAUCCUUUGUAAAGAUGAGACUGACUGGAGACCCUUCACCUUGCAAGAUUCCUUUAGAGCUGAAGAUACAGAAAUGGAGUUUCUAGCGAGGAUGGAUGAAAUCAUUUUGCUCACCGAGAUGGGCAAAAAAAGGAUCAAGAACAUGAGCUCCUGUGAUUGUGAAGAGAUUGUGGAAUCGGUCAUUGUGCCCUUGUCUCAACACUGUGUGGCUGUGGGGAAUACGGCUCGUGCCUUUUAUUACUUGUUGGAAUCUGCUUCUGGUUACGUAACCCUCUCCAACAACUAUAUGGCAUUUACUUAUCUGAAUACAGCAGAGAGCAUGCUGAAAUCUGUGGAGUCCAAGCAUAAAAACAUUAUCCAGUUUGAGGAGUCAGUAAUGUACAGUCUCAAGGGAGAGGUCUCUUACAAUAUGGGACAAAUUAAUUUGGCAAAAAAACUGAUGAAGAAAGCUUUGAGGUUAUUAAAGAGAAGCUUUCCAAUUACUGUUGUGGGAGCCUUUUUCAUGUCCAUGGUGGAAACUUCCAAACAUUUGUCUCAUCAGAAGAAGCAGACUUUUUGGCAAAUGCCCAGUGGCAGGGAGAAGAAACUAGCUAUUCUCUACCAGCAAGGUCAUUGCCUUUCCCUGCUGUGGCAGCUCUUCAGCAUGGAUCUUGCUAGAAGCAGUAAGAGGUUCUCGCGCUUGGCAGCUCUCAUGAGUGUGAACUGUGCAGAGGAAUCACAGGAUGAGUCCCAGAUAAUUUCGUCCUACAUGGAAUUCUCACUCUGCUGUCAGUUGAUGGGUUACCAGCAUGAAUGGAUGAAAUAUGAGUUAAUGGCCAUCAAACGUAGUACACACCUUCGAGUUGUUGGCGAAGAGCUCUUAAUAACAGCUAAGUUAGCACUGUCACUAGCCUACAUGAAGCUUUGCUUGGGGAACCUGCCCUUAGCCGUCCAGCUUGGUUACCGAGCCCAUGAACUGUGUGUGCAGCUGAAGAAACCUAAACUUGACUAUAUUGUUCUCAACGACCUAUUUAGUGCUCUUUUUCUCAGCACCAGAUACCAGGAUUCUGUGCAUGUGCUGAGUUGGUUGGAGGAGCUCUCCCUUCGAGAUGAGAAUGUCAUUGGGCAGGCCUGCUUUGUUUCUGGCUGCCUCGAUCUCAUGCUUUAUGCUGGUUUUGCAUUUAAGUCGUUUAAAUACUGCCUGGACUUUGUUUUCACCAAUCAAACAAACUGCAUCCUUAUGUCUCAAAACAGCAUCAUGCUUGGACUGUAUUCUUCUCUGGCGAUUUGGUGUGCCAGACUUCAAAACUGGAAUGACUUUAUAGAGGUGUUUGAACAGGCGAGAAGGUUGCUGAGGAGAACAAGUGCUUCGCUCUAUGCUAACCAUGGAUUCUGCAAGUUUGUGGAGUGUGAGGCUCUACUGCUGAGAAAAUAUAUUGAGGAAAAGCCUGAUAAGGCUUGUGAGAUGCGCAACAAGAUAACAAAAAAUUUGGAACAGGCAACUACUCAGUGCUCCACAAGCCCAGUCUACUACUCUAGGGUUUACCAUAUGAAGGCCUACGUCCAACUAAUGCUUGGGCAUGAUGAAUAUAGCCAAAGCUUUCUUGAGAAGGCAUUCCAGGACAGUGAGAUGUAUGGAAACCAUUUGGAGCGAUCCUGGCUAGAGAUUACCAAGGAGUGGUGGUUCACUGGAAAAUCCCCAAUGGAAGACUGUUGGUUAAAGACAGCUCCAGAUUUCCCAAUGUGGAAAGUAGGAAUGACAGAGCAAGACAUGGGAACCUUCCAUAAAAACAAGUAUCUUCUGAAAGUGCCAGAGCUGGACAUAAACAAUCCAUUUCCAGAAUCAAGGAGUGAUGAAUUCUAAGAUGAGAUAAUUUUGAAGUGCCCAUUGCCAAGAAACACCCUCUGCAGAAAUUCUUGUGCACCAGUUCUCUUCUGCAGACUCAUAUCUCUUCCUUUGCUAAACUCUAGUAUUGGACUGUCUGUCCCAUUUCCCCAUUUAUCUAUUCAUAUAGAUAGCAUCCCAUAAAACCUUGAGCAGAACACUGGAAUUUAGCUCAGUGAUAUUGAUUUCAGUAAAACUUUGAACAGAGAUCAUAUGUAUUUAAACGUAUUUUCAUGUUUUCUAUUCCAAGAAACCCAAACCCAUAUUACUGUUGAUGCUUGAUUAAGAGCGCUUGUCAGCGAGAGCUUUAUCUUGCAAAUUGAUCAUCCAGAUCCAUUUUUUCAAAGUGCAUGAUUGGCAUAUGACCACCCAUAUUCUCCCUUUUUUAGUCUUAGAUUUUUCAUAGGUAUUGCUAUUUCCAUUCCACACCAGUGGGGAGACCUUGAUGGAAUGUUGCCAUGUCAUAUUUUCUGGCUGUUCCCCAUAAUCACUGCUCCUCUGCCCAUCACUAUCUUUUCUCAUCCUGGGCAUGUAUUUCUGUUACUGUGCAAACACCCAUUACAACAAACAAAAAAUUCCACAGAAAGAGCACAAGAGCAAACAUACCAGCCCUUGUUACCAUUUUUCACUAUGGGCAAAGUGGAGGUGUGUACGUUUUUUGGAGGGGAGCAUCAUCUAUUUCCAUAUGGUGUUUAUAUUCAUUUUAGUUUUUUAAACAGAGGUCUGAUAAAGCGAUCUUGUGCAAGGUUUCCACAUCUAAAAAGAAUUCUAUCAUAUGUACUGCGAUUAUAGUCUCCAUGGUAAUCUCACACGUGUUGAGAGAAUAACUUCUCCAAACUGCAUUGUUGACAUUUUGAUAUCCGCUAGCAUGUGACAAUUGGUGGAAAUACGCAUGCUCAUAUUGCUUUGGCUGUCAGAAACAAAAUGGCUAGGUUAUGCUCAGGUGAGGAGCAAACUAAAGCAGAGGUGAAGCAAUAGGGACCGUGAACAGAAAUAUCACACCACACACGACCCACAAAUAAAAGUGCCAAUGAGCUUCCACACCAGUAGUGACUGCUGAUGUAUAACAGGUUAUUUUUAUGUAAUGGUAAGGGGAAACCUAGAUUAAAUGUAAGAGGAGAGAGAGAGAGAGAGAGAGAGAGAGAGAGAGAGCAGGUUGGUAUUUUGAUGACAACAAGAACAUAUGGAUAGUGCAAAAAACUCUCAUGCACUGAUUCUACAAUAGACUUCUAUCUGGCGGCACCCUGAAUCUUUAAGAAGUGGGAAAUAAAUGCCACUUAGGGCUAAAUACCACACCUAGAUCUGCCAGGCUGAGUGGAGUUAGAAUAUGGUGGAUCACCAUUUGAGCCCCAGUUCACCUUGGCUACGCAUGCGCAUCCCUGGCAUGAGCCAAGAUGGCGGCAGAGGCUUCAGCCCCUUAGGAAAACUUCAGCUGCCAUCUUGUUUAAGGGCAGCACUGCGUGCGCAACUGCAUGACAGCCAAGAAAGUUAGGUUGAAGCAAGGGAAUGGCGGGGGCUCUGAAACUCUAGCCGCGAAUCGCAGAAGGGGAGUCCUGGGGCCUGGGGCAGGCUUGUGCCCAAGGGCCCUGGCAUGUCUGGGGCCAGCCAUACCUGGAUCAUAUAUCUCCGUGAUCUGGAGACUCUCCCUGUCAAGAAUAACAAUAAAUGUAUUGCAUCAAAAUGAUCAGGCUUCUGAAAUGCUCAUAAAUGCAUAAUGACAUCAUAAAAUUCUGUUUGGCUUCUGUUUGGGUAAAAAUUCUGCUGGUCAGUUUUUUGUUUUACUGGGAUUAUGCUUUUG